CGCAUGCGUUUAGUGUGCGAAUCGCGAUUGGAGUACACCCGAGGUGUCAAGCUUGAAAGUGAUUUUCCGACGCGACUUCAGGAUUUUGUUAGUCAGAUCCGGAUCAGCGGUCAAGGGUGCACGAGAUGUUGUUCAGAGGUGCCUUGUUGUUGUUGGUAGUGGUUAUAGCUUCUUCACUGCACAUGAAAUAUAGAUAUUUUGAUGAAUAUUUAUUGCACCUGGAAAAAAGACAACAGUCAAUUCUGGUCGAACAGGUGGAGAUCAGGAUUUCUGAGCCAUUGCCUUUAAGGACAGGACAUCGCAGAAGUAAAGAAGAACAAUGCUGCAUGCUGGGACAGAUGGCUGGUGAAAAAGGAUAUCAUUGCAUUUCUCGUUUUUAUGCUGCUCGUAUCCGUAAUCGGAAUUACAACAGAGCUCAUAAUAAGAAAAUCUCAGCUUUGCUCAGAGGGAAACCUGAUCCAACUGCCGAUAAACUUAUGCGUACAUUUGAACAAUGCGUCGCUCAUAGAGGGCACAUAUUCCACAAAUGUUGCCGUCAUGCAGCUAUAAACUAUAUUUGAAAGACAAGCAUAAACGCAUAUUUAACUGACAAGCUCGCCCAGCAGGCCAAGUGAUUACCAUCGAAUUCGUUCUCCGAGUUGAAAGGAAAAUAAGAAGCAAAUUGGGGCAACUCUUUUGUGUUAUAUUUCGUUGCCAGUUUAAUACGGUGAAAAUUCAGUGAAGAGACAUAAUUUAAUUUUCCGUCUCCAGUCUUCGGAAAAUUAAAUUUAUAAACUUGAACGGACUCAAGUACUUUUGUGAACAAUCAAAUAGUCCAUGCAAGAUUAAUGGGCUCCAUCGAUUAACUUUAGAGGAUACCUAUUUACAAAAUAUUGUGUAAAAAGUGUGUUCUUUGCAAAGUACCAAAAUAUUUUCCAUCUAAAAUUAGUUAUUUAUUUGUUUUAUAAUUUCAAAUUUAUUUCAAUGAUUUUUUAAAUAAUAUAAUUGUUUUUGUUUCACUUCUUAUGUCCAAUUUAUUAAUUAAAUACUGUAAAUGUGCCAUUUUUAUUUAAAAAAGGGGAUGGGUUUUCAGAUAAUACUUCCCAUUUUUUUAAAUUUAAACUCUAAUAACGGUAACUAAGUUUAUUUCAUGUAGUGUCAAAUCUUUUAAAUGCUGAACAAUAAUAUUUUCAGCAAUACUUUAUCACAUUACUUAGAACACUAAUCAAUGUUUAUCUCAUUUAUUGUACAGGUCAUAAAAAAUGAACUUCCUCCCAGAUGUAAAUAAACUUUGCUUUUAUUUUUCA